CCUUAGCGCUAGGCAGCUUUAACACAACACACAACAACUCGUCGCGAGUCGCGACCUACGAAGUCUUCUCUCUCUCUCUCUCUCUCUCUCCAUAACCCUUGCAGUGCAUCAGAGCUCAGCUUCCUCUAGGCCGUCAAUGGCGGCCUCGGAGGCAUCGACAGCGACGAGCUUCCGACACGCCUUCGGUGGCGUUCUCUCCUUCUUCAUUCUCAUCCUGAUCGGCGUCCUCGCGUUCUCGAUCCGUCUGUUCUCUGUCAUCAAGUACGAGAGUGUCAUUCACGAGUUUGAUCCCUACUUCAACUACAGAGUUACUCAGUUUCUCACAAAAAAUGGGAUAUAUGACUUUUGGAACUGGUUUGACGACCGGACAUGGUACCCGCUAGGACGUGUGAUUGGUGGAACUGUGUACCCUGGACUAACGUUGACAGCAGGCACUCUAUGGUGGAUCCUGAACUCUUUGAAUAUUCCUCUAUCCGUGGAGACUGUGUGCGUGUUUACUGCGCCUAUAUUCUCUGCCUUUGCUUCAUGGGCAACCUACCUUUUGACCAAGGAAGUUAAGGGUGCUGGUGCUGGAUUGACAGCUGCAGUCCUUUUAGCAAUGGUUCCAUCAUAUAUUUCUCGAUCUGUGGCUGGCAGCUAUGACAAUGAAGCAGUGGCUAUAUUUGCGUUAAUCUUCACAUUCUUUCUCUACAUAAAGACACUUAACACUGGAUCACUCUUUUAUGCCACUUUGAAUGCCCUCUCGUACUUCUACAUGGUUUGCUCAUGGGGAGGAUACACCUUCAUCAUCAAUCUCAUUCCGAUGCAUGCGUUGCUUUGCAUUGUAACUGGUCGCUAUUCCUCUCGGCUGUACAUUGCUUAUGCUCCCCUUGUUGUCUUGGGAACAUUAUUGGCUGCAUUGGUGCCUGUUGUUGGAUUUAAUGCAGUCAUGACAUCAGAACAUUUUGCAUCAUUUUUGGUCUUUAUCAUCAUUCAUGUGGUUGCUCUUGUCUAUUACAUCAAAGGGAUUCUCUCCCCGAAGAUGUUUAAAGUUGCUGUUACCCUGGUUCUCUCUGCAGGCUUGAUAGUGUGCUUCGCCGUGGUAGCAAUACUCGUAGCACUGGUUGCUUCUAGCCCAACAAAGGGAUGGAGUGGAAGAAGUCUGAGUCUACUUGAUCCAACUUAUGCAAGCAAGUACAUACCAAUUAUAGCCAGUGUCAGUGAACAUCAGCCUCCUACAUGGCCAUCAUAUUUUAUGGACAUUAAUGUCUUGGCUUUCUUGGUUCCAGCUGGCAUUAUUGCUUGUUUUCUGCCAUUAUCCGAUGCAAGUUCCUUUGUUGUUCUCUAUAUUGUGACAUCAGUAUAUUUUUCAGGAGUCAUGGUGCGGUUAAUGCUGGUCCUUGCUCCAGCAGCUUGUAUCAUGUCUGGGAUUGCUCUCUCUGAAGCUUUUGAUACUCUUACACGGUCAAUCAAGUUUCAAUUACCUGGAAACUCUGGUGGAAACUCUGAAGCUAACGCAGGGGAUGCUAGUUCUGCUAGUGCCGGUGCACUGAAUGAUGUAAUCAAGGCUGAUAAAGCUGAAGAAACUGCCAAGGAGAGACCAUCAAGGAAGAGCAAGAAGAAGGAAAGGGAGCCAGUGGAAAAGCCUCAAAGAAAUCCUCGAAAUGAGAGAAAGCUUUUGGUUUUACCUUUUGAAGCGUCUAUUGUUGGUAUCAUUCUACUUGUCAUGCUGGGCGCCUUCUAUGUGGUCCAUUGCGUCUGGGCAGCAGCUGAAGCUUAUUCAGCCCCUUCAAUUGUUCUGACAUCUCAUUCUCAUGAUGGAUUGCAUGUUUUUGAUGAUUUUAGAGAAGCUUAUGCAUGGCUAAGUCACAAUACGGAGGUGGAUGAUAAAGUUGCAUCAUGGUGGGACUACGGUUACCAAACAACUGCAAUGGCAAAUCGCACUGUCAUAGUUGACAACAACACCUGGAAUAACACGCAUAUCGCGACAGUUGGUACUGCCAUGUCUUCUCCUGAAAAGGCAGCUUGGGAGAUUUUCAACUCUUUGGACGUCAAAUAUGUUCUUGUUGUCUUUGGAGGUCUUGUGGGCUAUCCUAGUGAUGAUAUCAAUAAGUUCUUGUGGAUGGUACGGAUAGGAGGUGGCGUGUUUCCUCAUAUUAAAGAACCUGAUUACCUAAGAGAUGGCCAAUAUCGGAUCGACUCUCAGGCCACGUCAACUAUGUUAAACUGUCUAAUGUACAAGCUCUCAUAUUACAGGUUUGUUGAGACCGAUGGUAAAGCUUUUGAUCGAGUUAGGCGGACAGAGAUUGGAAAGAAAAACUUCAAGCUCACCCAUUUCGAAGAGGUGUUUACAACUCAUCAUUGGAUGGUUCGCAUAUACAAACUGAAGCCUCCAAAGAACAGGCUUCGUGGUAAAGCGAAAAAAUCGAAGUCGAAAACAAGCUCUGCGUCAAGCUCAAAGAGAAGUGGGAAAAGAACAAGAAAUCCUUGGCAAUAGAGGUUUUUGAGAUUUUACAGGCUAUGUGUUCAGGAGCUACGUGUACUUCAUUGUAUAAUUAUAGGCGAGACACCUCCAAGAUAGUUAUUGAGUGAUUAGGUGGUCAUUAACCUUGCAGAGAUGCUAGUUCUCAAAGAUUUUGCAGUUUUGCCUGUGAAUCGAUAUUGAAAAUGUUUGUGCUUA